AUGAUUCAGAGCCUUCUCCAAGUGAAUUCUGCGGUCGUGGCCGCGAGCUUGCUACUUUUGAUAAUUUUCCAUUAUGUUCGAGUAUACUUUCGUCAGGGACUCAGGAACCUUCCUGGGCCUUUAUUUGCUCGAUUUUCCUAUUUUUAUCGACUUUUCAUGGUAUACAAAGGUGACGGCCCCGCACAAUAUCGUAAAAUCCACGACGAAUUCGGACCCAUAGUGAGAGUCGGGCCGAAUGAAGUUUCUAUCGCGGACCCUGCAAUGAUUCCUGUUAUCUAUGGGAUAGGUAGCAAGUUUACCAAAACUCCAUUCUACGCCACUAUGGCCCCAAUUUACGAGGGCCAGGUACUAGACAGCAUGUUUACAGCUCGCGAUACUACCUAUCACAAACAUCUUAAGAACUCCGUAUCCCAGAUCUUCUCCAUGACAAAUAUGAAAAACUUCGAAGUUUAUGCCGAUGAAUGCACUCAGAUAUUUAUCAGUGAAAUGCUACAUCUAGAGGGCAAGCCAGUGGACUUUUCAAACUGGCUACAAUGGUACGCAUUCGACGUGAUCGGUAGUAUCACCUUCCAAAGACGGUUUCGCUUUCUAGAGGAGAGGCGCGAUGUUGAUAACAUGAUCGGCAAAAUUGAUAUGGGGCUCCAAUAUGUCAAAAUCUUGGGACAGCUUCCAUAUUUGAUUCCGAUGCUGCAAUGGGCACUUUUAAAUAAGUAUAUUCAACGCAUAAAUAUAUUCCCAGACACAUUGGACAGAUUCACGAAGAUUGAGAGGUAUGACAAUAGUACUGCAGCUAAAGACACUAAGCGCACUGAUUUUCUCGCGCAGCUGAGAGAAAAGGAGAAAAAGUCGGGAAGAAUCUCUCAAACGGAUAUGGUAAACCAUCUAUCUAACAAUCUACUGGCGGGAAGUGAUACAACUGCAAUAUCGCUACGUGCUAUAUUUUAUUACAUAGUUCAGGAUCCCCAUGUCUAUACUAAACUUCAAAAUGAAAUAGACGAAGCCGACAGAAACAACAUGCUCUCUGAAUAUAUCACAUAUGAAGAGUGCCUGAGAAUGCCGUACCUACAAGCAGUAAUGAAAGAAGCAAUGAGAUUACACCCCGGGGUCGGUUUUCCACUAGAAAGAUUCGUACCUCCAGAAGGUGCUGAAAUCUGUGGACGAAGACUACCUGGCGGUACAAAUGUCAGCAUUUCAGCUCCUGUAAUACACCACAACAAAGAAGUCUACGGUGAAGAUGCCAAUUUAUUCCGCCCAGAAAGAUGGUUAGAAGCACCUUUCGAGGAGUUGAAAGCGAUGAAUCGAUAUUUUUUUGCAUUUGGAUACGGUGCACGAACUUGCAUUGGUAAAAACAUCUCCAUCAUGGAGAUGGGAAAAUUUGUUCCGCAAAUAUUUCGGCAUUUCAAUGUUUCGUGGGCUUCGCCUGCGCCUGAGUGGAUAACACAUGCUGCUUGGUUUUGGAAACAGUCGGGUCUGAUAGUACGUCUUGAAAGACGAAAAUUCGGCAAAGGACCUUGA